UCUGGAUGUUUUGCUAGCUUCAGCUAACAUAGCAGAGACUGAGGUGAUGAGCUCCGUUAGUCUGCAGCAUCAGGACCGGUCCGCACCACAAAAAACCGUUCGCUCCAGAACCCACGGAACCGAGUAUCAGGCAUGGCUGCGGGUGUCAGUGUCCUGACUGAGCGGGCCGAGUCCACCGGUGAUUCAGCACGGGGAGAGGCCAGCGCAGAGAUGGAGACAGCUAACGCAAGAGUCCCCACAGCAAAGUACACCAAGAUGGGGGAGACUCUGAGACAUGUCAUCCCCGGUCACAUGCAGUGCUCCAUGGCCUGCGGGGGCAAAGCCUGUAAAUAUGAGAACCCGUCCCGCUGGAGGGACGAGGAGCAGGCCAUUAAGGGCCUGUAUUCAUCCUGGAUUACUGACAACUUGCUUGCUAUGGCGAGGCCUUCAACUGAAAUCAUAGAGAAGUACGGCAUCAUUGAGCAGUUCCAGAGGUGCGGUUUAAAGACCGUCAUCAACCUGCAGCGACCCGGAGAACACGCCAGCUGCGGCAACCCGCUGGAGCCGGAGAGCGGCUUCACCUACCGCCCCGAGACCUUCAUGCAGGCGGGGGUUUACUACUACAACUUUGGAUGGAAGGACUAUGGCGUGGCAUCCCUAACUACAAUCCUGGACAUGGUAAAGGUCAUGUCUUUUGCUGUUCAAGAAGGAAAGAUGGCGGUCCACUGCCACGCUGGUCUUGGAAGAACCGGCGUGCUCCUGGCGUGUUACUUGGUCUUUACCGCCCGGAUGAACGCAGACCAAGCUAUCCUGUUUGUGCGAGCAAAGAGACCCAACUCUAUCCAGACCCGAGGCCAGCUGCUGUGCGUGCGGGAGUUUGCCCAGUUCCUGGUUCCCCUGCGGAGCGUUUUCUCCUGCGCAGAACCCAAAGCCAGCGCCGUCACUCUGUCGCAGUACCUCACCAGGCAGCGACAUCUGCUGCACGGCUACGAAGCUCGUCAGAUGAAGAACGUGCCAAAGAUGGUGCACCUGGUGUGCAGGCUGCUGGUGGACAUCGCAGCCAACAGGCAGGUGGUGGUGGAGGAGGAGCGGCUGGAGAUCCCAGACCUCACCGCAGAGGUGGAGAAGACCGUGUCCCAGCAGGCUCUUCAGCAGCUCGGGAGGGAAAUGAGAGGAAAGGGGAUCCCUCUCCCAGCAUGUGCACUGAACACUCCGAAUCCAUCCGCGCUGCCGUGCAGAGCUGAUCAGCCUCUCGCCAGUGACAACGAGCUGGACCCUCUGUGGAGGCAGCAGAACCUGGAGAGCCCUCUGAGCUCGCCCCUGUGGAGCAGCCGCAGCCUCAGCGACUCGCUGCUUCAUAAACUGGGAGAAUGGCAGCAGAGCUUUGGAAACCUGAAGAACAGCAAACCCAUCCACAGCUACAUCAAGCACUCCUUGUCCCACACCAGCCUUGCACCCUGCAGCCUCGAUGAUCAUCCCCAAGACGGGACUCUGGAGUCCAAAAUGACAGUGGAGCCGGACUUCCUGUCAGAGAAACCCCUUCAGAAGCGACAUCAGAGUUUGAUUUUAGACCCAUCGGAGCUGAGACCCUUCCGUGACCCCACGCCACACGACGCACUGAUCACCAGCAAAAACACGGCUGCCGAUCAGGAAGGAAACAACGGACGAGUAACCGCGGGGGUGCCGUCCUUCUCUGUCCAGGCUGAGCUCUCCGCGGAGAGCAGGCGCCUGUGGGUGGCUCAGGCUCUGGCGAUGAUUCCAACAGACCGGGAGUCCUCCAGGUCCCUCCAGGUCCAAAUGUGGCAGACAGAGCUAAACUCCAGGGAGGGGGCCUGGGAGAGGCUGUGCACGGAGAGAGACCCCCUGGUGUUGUCCGGUCUGAUGUGGUCCUGGUUGGAGCAGCUCAGAGAGCCGAUCAUCAGCUCUGAGGACAUGAAGAUCGUCGGCGAGGCCAAAGGGAAUCCACAGAGCGCCCUCCACAGGUUGCAAAAGGGCCCCAGGCUCACGCUGCUCUGCGUCCUCGACUGUGCCGCUCAACUCCUGCCGCUGCCUGAAGAUCUUGAGGCUCGUUUGCUGACCCAAACUGUCAAAGUGUUCACUAAGACCGACCCGGCCUCUGGCGGGCAGUCCUCGCUCACAGCAGCCCUGAGCACGCUUCUUCAUGAGCUGCCUGAAAAAGCUGCACAGCCGAGUGAAGACUCCGGAUCACAGCUACGGCUCCACUCUGGCUCGCGGCUCCUCGUCCUGAGCUCUCCGAGUCAGUGCAGUCCAGCGAUCCCGGCUAAUGUGCCACCGCGCUCCCAGUCAAACACAGAUUUUACUGUCCUGCAAGUGGGCUUUAUUACCAUGACCAGCUGAGGAAGACUCUCCUCAUGUGAUCCUUAAAUGUGUCCGAGCUGCAGACGCUGCAGUGUGUCUUAUUUAUUUUGAUAAGUUGACUUCAGUUUACAGCCUCUCUUUGGUCUUGAGCUUCUUCAUCAGAUUGUGCUGCAGCUGCUUCAUUUCCACCUACAAGGCGGGGCUGAGUGAUUUUAACGAAUAACCUGAAUGUUUCACAAUCAGUACACUUUUUUGUG